AUGCUUGAUUCUUGGAUCCAAAUACUGACUAGUAUAAAGAAAACCAAAAAACUUAUUCUUGGAAAUUUUAAUGGUCGUCUCCUACCAACGCCUGAAUCCAAUGUGCUCAAGUUGUCCCCAAAUACAUUCAACCAUCCAUACCUAACAACAGUCUCGCUAUAUCAAUACAUAUUAAAGGAUGCACACGCCUUUAAUAAUUGUAAGAAUCUCAAGCACCUUGAACUUCAUCAGAUCUUUGGUGAGGUUAGUGUAUUCAACAAAGUCAUCUCCUCUUGCUCCUCCCUCGAGGUUCUUAUCCUACAAAUCUUUUUCAACAAUCCAACUGGUCAUCUGAAGAUCAUUGAUCACAAAAAUUUGAGAAUUUUGUUCAUGUCUUGCAACCAAAUUGAUGGCAUUGAAGUGUGUGCACCUCAUCUUGAUAUGCUCUCCAUAGAAUUUAUCUUAUGUGAUAUUGAUAACGUCAUUCUCGAAAUUCCUAGACUCCCUUUUCGUAGAAAUUAUUGGGUUGCAGGAAAAAUCUUUCCUCAUACCAGCAUUAAUAUCUCAAGCUCCACUAAGGAGAACGAAAGCAAUUGGAUGUUGACAGGUCCUGUCAACUAUGUAACAAGACCCGCAUCUUUAUCUGUGAAUGUAAAUUUGACGAAUCUGCAAGAAGUCGAGGUGCUAAGGAAAAUAUUAGGAUUGUGGACUGAAAAAAUGAUAGAACUUGAAAUAUCAUUUGAGAAUAACAAUCUUCUUGGGGAAGAAGGAAAUCCUUCUAACUGUGGAGCACAAGAUAAUAUCUGGGAGAAGGUAGAACCGUUUCCCAACGCUGAUUUUCGCGUGGAUACUGUAUGGAUGUACAAUUUCAGUGGUUCAAAUGAAGAAGAGUUUGCACUAGCUUCACGUUUGGUGAUGCAAAAGACAGUAUUGAAGAAGCUGAUGAUCAAGACAACAACGUUUACUAAAAAGAAGAAAGAUAUAGAGCUGGCAGUUUCCAAACUAAAUGAACUUCCAAAAGGUAACAAGGAGCUUAGUAUCGAAUGCUUCUACUGAGAUUUGGUUUGAAUCUAUCUAUAAGAAGUAACCCUUUAAUUAUUAGUUUGAAGAUUAUAUCUUCUCAACUUUCAAGUUAUUAAUGUUUCAAAAAUAAUAAUAAGAUAUAGACAUAAUGUUGUAUUUAAUUUUGGU